AUGUCAAAUUGUGGGGCAUUUUAUCUAGCUUCCAACGUUGGAGGGAAAAUUGAGAAAACCCAAGUGAAAUCUGCUGUCAAAAAAUAUGAGAAGUACCAUGUUGGGGGAGAUGAUGAGGAAAGAGAAGCUAAUUACACUGACAUGGGGUUAUUGUACUAUGACCUUGUGACAAGCUUCUAUGAAUAUGGUUGGGGUGAAUCUUUCCAUUUUGCUCCUAGGUGGAAGUGGGAGUCUCUUCGUGAGAGCAUCAAGAGACAUGGGCAGUUAGGUUUGCAGAAAGGACAGAAGGUGUUAGAUGUUGGUUGUGGAAUUGGAGGGCCAUUAAGAGAAAUUGCUAGAUUCAGUGGAACGUUGAUAACAGGGGUAAACAACAACGAAUAUCAAAUAUCAAGAGGAGAGGAGUUAAAUCGCAUGGCGGGAGUGGACAAAACUUGCAACUAUGUGAAGGCUGAUUUCAUGAAAAUGCCAUUUUCUGACAACACGUUUGAUGCAAUAUUUGCAAUAGAAGCCACUUGCCAUGCACCGGAUGUGCGUGAUUGCUAUAAAGAGAUUUACAGAGUGUUGAAACCUGGCCAGUGUUUUGCUGCUUAUGAAUGGUGCAUAACUGAAUCAUUUGACCCUCUGAACCAAGAACACCAAAGGAUUAAGGGAGAAGUUGAGCUUGGCAAUGGAGAAUGUCUUGAAGCUCUGCAACUUGCAGGUUUCGAGGUUGUAUGGGAGAAGGAUGUUGCUGUGGCUUCACCUCUACCUUGGUAUUUUCCUCUUGACAAAAAUCAGUUCACACUAAGCAGUUUCCGUGUAACAGCUGUUGGACGAUUCAUCACUAGGAACAUGGUCAAAACCUUAGAGUUCUUGCACCUUGCACCAGAGGGUAGCCAAAGAGUUCAGGCUUUCUUGGAGAAAGCAGCAGAUGCACUUGUUGAAGGCGGAAGGAUGGGAAUCUUCACACCUAUGUACUUUUUCCUCGCUCGGAAGCCUCUUUUGUAGGCCAAAUAAAACCUACAAGAUGCUUCCAAGGUUUUUUCACAUUUCCCCUGAUUCUUGAAAAAUAAUUCUGGUGCACAUUCGCUGCUUGGAAACCAGAGGUGAGAAUUGCCUAUGCAUAUUGGACUCAAAUUCAGUUAAUGUGUCUACUUAACUACGUGCUAUUUUUUAUUUAAUAAAAAAAGGUAAUACACAUUGGACUCGAA